AUGACUUCAAUGUAUACUGGAAUGCUUAUGACACCAUUUGUUUUACAUGCUAAACCAAUACCACAUGAUCCAUUAGAAAAAGAAGAUGGAUUAAUUGAGGAAUGUGUAAUGGAUUCAAAUGUAGCAAGAUACUGUGAUAUAUUAUCAAGUAUUGAAGAAUUGAUUAAU